GACAGUUGGCAACAGGUUUCACUGGACAACAUAAUUUACUCCAGCUUACAAACAGCUCUUUCUUUAUAUGUGCACAGAGGUAUUCAUUUAAUAACACUUUAGAUGUCACGUUUUUCAAGUAUACUCCAUUGAUUUCUUUGAAGAAUACCAAAGAUGAUAAGGAUGAUGUUUCAACAUGCAAAGAAGCAUCCAGGGUUAAUCCCACAAUUUUUCUUCCUGACUCUCGGCAUCACAGGGGCCAGUCUUUACCUGAUUCGUCUGGCAAGAGGACCUCAUGUCACCCUCUGGGAUAAAAAGAACAACCCAGAGCCUUGGACCAAACUUGAUCCAACCUACCAAUACAAGAGAAAAAGAGGAUUUUCUGAGGGGUUUCAAGGCCGCCUUGCUUGCCGGUGGAAUGAAAGUCGCUGCCGACAAAAGUUUGUGGCCGUCAGCACUGACUACAAGAACCUGAAGAAAGAGGGCCCUGACUUCUAAAGGUCCUCCACGCAACUGCAGGGACACCAAGUUUGGAAUGAACUCCUUCUGUCACCUCAGAGAUGUGAAACGUCUUCCUGGACAUUUUGUCUUUCUCACAUAAUGCAGAAAAGAAAUAAAUUAACAUUGUAAGACAGUGAACCAAAACUAUUAAAGACUGCAUGAGACAAAAGACUGGUUCGUCAAUGCACUACUGUC